AUGGCGGACUUUCUCAAGAAUGCCUUUGGCGGCGUCAAGGACGUGCCAGCCGCCAAGGUCGACUCUGAUUUUGCCGACUUUGCUGGUGCCCCCGACCCGGUUCCCGAGCCUGCGCCCGCCUCAGGCACGCUCGCGGCGACCGCGUCCUCGACGACGGUGCCCUGGACCGCUUGGUACAACGUGCACGAGCGGCACGCGCUGUCCGAGUUCAAGUUUGAGGGCGUCGUGCUGCUCGUGGGCGGCCUCAUCCUGGUGCUGCACCUGUUUGGCGCGCGUCUGAACCGCAACAAGGCCCGCGCCUUCAUCCGCGCCCACGCGCCCGCGCUCGUAGGCGAGUUUGCCUGCGUGGGCUUUGAGGGCCGACCCAACACGCUGUCGGGCGACGUCGAGCCCGAGUCGCUGCUCAAGGAGAAGUCGCUCUUUGAGUUUGCGACGUACGCGACCGGCCGCCAGAACAUUGCCUUUGCCGACGUCAAGCUGACGCUGACGAAAAAGUUCAACCCGCUCGUGCUCGGCUUCGAGACGGUGGCGGCCUACUUUUGGGAGACGACGUUUGACAUGCCCUACGACGUGGCCGAGGUCUACAUCUACCCCUUUGACGGGCAGGAGGCCCGGACGGUGCCCGGGUACCCGGCCGCCACGGCCAAGGACGCCAAGAGCAGCUACGACUCCUUCGUCUGGGCCGUCGUCAACAAGGACGUGAUGCAAAAGGUGCGCGAGGCGCGCUACGACGUCUCGCUGACGGCCACCAAGGAGAGCCCCAAGCUGCCCAACUGGCUGACGGUCAUGAGCGAGAGCGCCGAGAUCACCGACGCCCUGCUGACGCCCGAGCUCAUCGCCGCCAUCACCGCGGCCGGCGAGGACAGCUUCGAGUUCCUCCUCAUCACCGACCAGCCGACCGACAAGCCCAAGACGCUCGACGAGACCAAGCCGAGCAAGCGCAUCCUUCUCAAGUACCGCCUGCCUGCCAGCAACGACUACAACGCCCUCAGCACGCUCUUCAACUACACCCUGCACCUGCCCGACUUCCUCGUCCAGCACGGCAGCUUCCGGCCCGAGGUGCUGCGCAAGGUCCGCGCCACGCGCGACAAUAUUAGCAAGGAGCUGCGCAAGGCCGCCGAGGAGGAGAAGAAUGAGGAGCGCAUCCUGGAGCGGGAAAAGGCCAAAAAGGCCAAGCGCGACGCCGAGCUCGCGGCCCUCGACGCCAAGGCGCAGAAGAAGUACCUCGAGAAGGAGCAGACCAAGGAGAUGCGCAAGGCGCAGAAGAAGCAGGUCACGCGUGCGUAG